AUGCAACUCCUUUAUCUCCGGACAGGAAUCUUUACAAACUUGGAGACAGCAUUUUCCCAACCCCCGCCAUAUUAUAGACGAGCAUCUAUAUACGCUCUUUUCUUCUUCAACUUUCUCUUCGCUUCUCUCAUCUUUGCCCCGCUCCUGAAGUCCCAGCAAAUUCACCCAAUGCUACCGAGCUUUCAUCGCCAAGUCGCGGUAUCUUAUGAGGAGAGGAGAUUCCGAGAGAGACAUGAGAGGACCCGUGAACCAAUGACAUCCUACACCAACCUGCUAAUCCUGGUAUCCAAAGCCAAGAUGAAGGCGUUGAUCUCAACCAGUUACAGUGUAUCAUUCUCACCCCGAAAUUUCAGUAAUUUGGGUCGGCCUGACCAACUUCCAUCUAUCCUUGCCCUAUUCCGACAUCCUGCUGGAUUCUGCUUCUCCCUCCAUCGAUCUCCUCUCACUCUCAACUAUCAUAGUUGA